AUGUCAUCUGAGCAAUACGUCCUCUUUGAUCUCCCAAGCCGAGAUCCUGUCGGUGCUUGGUCUCUCAACCCAUGGAAGACUCGAUUUCUCCUGAACUUCAAGGGAAUCGAUUACAAGACCGAAUGGCUCGAGUACCCCGACAUCAAGCCCACUCUUGAGCCUCAUGUCCCCGCCAACCCAUCCACUGGAACAUGGACCAUCCCAACCGUCAAGUUCCCCGAUGGAGAAUACAUCAUGGACUCCAACGCGAUCCUCGAGCGCGUCGAGAAGGACCACCCUGAGCCCUCUGUCCACAAGGACUCACCCGUCCUCGCCAAGCUCUUCUCCAUCAUGCCAAAUAUCAUGGGCGCCCUUCGACCUGUCUACUUCUACACCGUCCCCAACAACAUCCUCAGUGAAAAGAGCGUCCCUUACUGGCACGAGACACGAUCCAAGAUGGCCGGCCAGCCUAUUGAGGAGCUUCACAAGGAGAAGGGCGGCCAACAGGCUUGGGAUAACGCCAAGGCACAUAUCCACGAGGUUGAGGCUCUUCUAAAGGAGAACUCAGAGGGACCUUUCUUUCUGGGAAAGACCCCUAGCUAUGCUGACUUUGUCUGGGGUGGCUUCUUGAUCUUCAUGCAGCGUAACAACAUUCUUGAGGAAGUGUACAAGAUCAGUGGUGAUAGCCAGCUUCACAAGGACCUUCUCGAGGCUACCGCUCCCUGGCACAAGCGAAAUGACCACUAA